AUGUCCAGGUUUGAUGCCGCCGCCAACAAGGCGGCUAGAACGGCUGGGGUAACUGCGGCGCCCAAGCCCAAAGCCAAAGUAGCUUCGAAAGCGGCCGCGGUGAAAGUGGCGCCGAAGUCGAAGGCAAGUGCGCCGCCACCCAAGUUGACAACCUUAGAGGACAAAAAGAAAUUCGUAAAGAUGUGGGAGAUGAAGAUUGACGACAAGGAUUGCGAGGUCCAAGCUGAAGCCAACAAAAAGGCCAAGAAGGACCUCGAAACAGCAUUGAAGAAACUCCAGACUGAUGAGACCUACCUCAAAGUCAAAGAGGACGCUGGUUUGGGGAUGGGCAAAGUGAAAGACUUGAAGGGGAUGGCUAGAACUCAUACUGAACCAACACAGACACAGGCUUGGCAUGUCGUGGCAAUGCAACAUGAUGCAACCUACCUUGCCGAGGAGAUCAAGGAGAUGGAGCUUCAGGGCAAGCGUGAGGGACUGAGCCAAAGAUGA